AUGGAGGAUGUGGAGAUGGUCCACAAGAGGAUUUCCUCUAAUGAACUGACUCUUCAUUUUAAGUGUGGCUGUGAUUUUCCCCUGCAAUAUGAAGGAAAUUCUGAGACUUCUAUCAGAUUUUUAACAGGCUUCUCUCAUGCAGACAUUUUAAAGAAUGGUGGAAAUACCGUAGAUGCUGCUGUGGCUAUAGCUGCUGCCUUAAAUUUCACUGAACCAUGCAGUACUGGCAUAGGUUUGACCUGUUUCUGUCUCUGCUAUGACGCAAACACAAAGAAGGUGCAAGGUCUCAGUGGAAGUGGCAGGUCUCCAGAGGCAUUGACCAUUGAGCUGUUAAAAGUGCAAGUUUUAAUGAGACAAAGCCUCUUCCUUCAUGCUCAUAAUAUCACUGUGCCAAGCACAAUACCUAGCUGGUGCGAAGCUGUUUCCCUAUAUGGAAGCAAAAAGGUGACCAUGGGACAGAUUCUGCAACCUGCUAUCAAAUAGGCUGAGAAAUGUUUUCCUGUGUCAGAGAUUACUGUCUAGCAUUGGAAAUGUGGUGCUCAUGUUUUACAAGCACCUGGAAACAAACCUGGGAAAGAGCUACUGAAUCAUGGCUACAUUCCUCAUCAUGGACAAGGGUUCUGCAAUCCAUUUUUGGCCAACACCUUUGACAUAAGGAAAUCUCUGACAAAAUCUGGCAAGAGAAGAUUCUACGAAGGUUGUGUUGCAGAAGCUAUUAUAGAAACUGUUCAGAAAAAUGGAGGAAUAAUGGAUUUAGAAGAUCUCAAAAGCCAUGUCACCGAUGAAGUCAAACCGAUUUACAAGGAUGUGAAUGUUUGGGAAAUCACUCCAAAUGGACAAGGAAGCACAGGUUUGAUAGCCCUGCACAUUUUAGACAAUUUUAAUAUUAAAGACAUUGGCCAUAGCACUGCUGACUAUUUACAUGUGCUGAUUGAAGCCUUAAAACUCAGCCUCUCUGUUACUUUCUGGUUCUGUGCUGACCGUGACAAAGUUCUAGUACCUACAAAAGAACUUCUUUCUAAAAUAUAUGCCAAAGGAUGCUCGGAGGUCGUUAAUUUACAAAAAGCCAGUGACAGAUAUAAUAAAGGAAAUUUGCUACUGGGAGGAAGUGACACAGUUUGCUUCACUGUGGUCAAUGGUCAAGGCAAUGCCUCCUCUUUCAUCAACAGCAACUAUAUAGGCUUUGGCAUAGGACUGGAACCAGGUGGCUGUGGAUUUACUUUACAAAAUAGAGGAUCCAGUUUCUCACUAUCUCCAAGUCACCUGAACUGCCUCGCCCCGAGCAAAUGGCUGUACCACAUGAUCAUUCCUGCCCUUGCUACUGCAGCAGACACUGGGGACCUCUUGUGCUCCUUUGGAAUAAUGGGUGGGUUCAUGAAGCUUCAAGGACACGUGCAGGAUAUAAGUGCAUUAGAAAUUGAAAGAAAAUAUAAACUAAAGGAGAGAGAAAAUGAAUUGCCCAAAGUGCCCUAA